AUGACGUUGCAAGGACACAACACGUUCAACUUCUGCUUCUCCACAGCUGGAUUUAUCGCUUGCUCAGCAAUCGUUCUGCUUUGCAGUUCCGAAGUCCUAUCCAGCUGGGAGGAAUGGUGGACAUACGAUGGCAUUUCCGGUCCUAGCUUCUGGGGCCUCAUCAAUCCACAGUGGAACAUGUGCAACAAAGGACGACGCCAGUCACCCAUUGAUGUGGUGCCCGAUAAGCUGCUCUUCGAUCCGUACCUGCGAACGUUGCACAUUGACAAGCACAAGGUUUCCGGCACGUUGCACAACACUGGACAGUCGCUCGUCUUUCGCGUGGACAAGGACACAAAGCAGCACGUUAACAUAUCCGGCGGUCCUUUGGCCUAUCGCUAUCAAUUCGAGGAGAUUUACAUACACUACGGCACCGAGAACAGUCGCGGCUCCGAGCACUACAUACAGGGUUACAGUUUUCCCGGCGAGAUUCAAAUCUAUGGCUUCAACAAGGAGUUGUAUCACAACAUGUCCGAGGCACAGCACAAAUCUCAGGGCAUUGUCGGACUCUCGUUGAUGGUGCAAAUUGGCGAGACGCCCAAUCCCGAGUUGCGCAUCAUAACGAGCACAUUCAAUAAGGUGCUCUACAGAGGCUUCUCGACGCCCAUUCGUCACAUAUCGGUGAGGUCGCUUUUGCCGAAUACGGAUCAUUAUAUCACGUAUGAAGGAUCCACCACGCAUCCGGGCUGCUGGGAGAGCACCGUCUGGAUAAUAGUUAAUAAACCCAUCUAUAUCACGAAACAAGAGUUAUAUCAACUCCGACGACUGAUGCAAGGCUCCGAGAGUACACCGAAAGCUCCAUUAGGUAAUAAUGCACGACCCGUGCAAACUUUACACCAUAGAACCGUAAGGACGAACAUAGAUUUUAAGCGUCAUAAGCAAAAUCAAAAUGCAUGUCCUUCCAUGUCAAAGGAUAUGUACUAUCGAGCGAAUCGUUGGUCACCCGAUACGGGACUUUUGAUACGUUGACAACAACAACAACAAUGCACAA